AUGCGCGCGAGCACGUUGUCCUUGGCUGGCGCCACCACCUCCCACCUCACCAUCUCCCACUACAACCCGUGCCUGUCACCGGAGGGCGCCGUCGCGCGCUACACUGAUCAGAUCCAGCGAGGGACUGAGACGCAUCUCACUCGACUACUGCGAGCCAAGGCCUAUGUUCAGCUACACAACUACGCGUCUGCUUGCGCGGACCUGGAAAGCUGGAUUCAGAAAACUGGUUACACCCCACCCGACACUAGCGGAGAUGUGGCGGCUGACAGCCUCACAGAGGCUCUCUUCUACCGCGGUGUCUGCCGCGCUCGCCUAUCACAAGUAAAGGAUGCCGUAGGUGAUUUUACGGAGGUGCUGCAGCGUGAGCCGGGACAUCGGCGGGCCCAGUACGAACGGGCCGCGUGCCACGCGCGUCUCGACGAUUAUGUUAACGCCAUUGCUGAUUACGAAGCGGCCCUUCAGAUGGAUGAGGUGGGAGGGAAAAAGAAGAAACUUCACCGGUACCGAGAGUGUCGUCGCUGCUCGGAACAGCAACAACCAGGUCAGACGCGAUCGGAGUCGUUGCGGCCUAGGCUUGUUCCUCUCCCGCUUGGCAGCUUUGCCAUUCGGUCACCUUCCCCUGUCAUCUCGCCGCUGCUGCAGCAGAUGUCGACACUGGGAUCAGAAAGCGCGCAGCUCGUUAACGGGCUCCUCGCGCUGGAGCAGACAACCCCGCGUUCACCCGUCGCCUCACGCGGCUCCGAGGCGAGCAGUGGUCGGCGUGCGUCCGUGGAAGAGGCCUCCAAUAGCGCUGUGGCGACGGUGUCCUUGUUGAAGUACACGACGCCUGCUGCAGCCACCGGUUCGACUUCCCUCUCAGAGGCUCUCGGACGCCGCUACUCGCAGGGUCACUCACACCACAAGCACUACUACUUGAAAGGCGACUCUUCCAGCACCGAAUCAUCACCGGACGAUAGCGUCAUGAGCGUGGACAAAGCAGUCAAGGUGGUGAACACCGCUCGAAAGCACGAGAUCGGCGCUUCCUACGGCCCCCACUGCGAGGACUCUGAAAGCGGGCAGGACACACUCACCGCGAUGGACCCGACGUGCAUCUUGAGCUCCAACAGUACUGAGUACGAUGAGCGGCUGCCGGACGACGAGGUGGGAGCGGAGACUUGGCAGCGGCACCCGCAGCGUGAGGCCAGCCACACUGCUGCCUCCACCGCGACAGCUGGACCGCCUCUUCUCGAUGAGCAUUACUUUUACCAACGCGGGUUGCAGCACCGCCAGAGCGGCGAGCUCGAGGCAGCCGUCGCCAUGUACACGAAGGCGCUGGAGAUUUCGCCGACGCACUUUAAGGCGCUCUUCAACCGAGCCUUCUGCGAGGAUAAGCUCAAGAACUACGCGCGUGCCAUCGAUGACUACACUGCCGCCUUGGAGCUUGACCCGCGGAACCCCUUUACGUACUACAACCUCGGCAUUAGCUACGAUCACACAGGCAGUCACGCCCGCGCGGUGCAGGCCUUCACCCGCGCCAUUGAGCUCGACGACCACCACCCCGACUUCUUCCAUAACCGAGGGUUUAUGCAGCGAAAACAAGGGGCCUACACAGCCGCCAUCGCCGACUACACAGCCGCCAUUUUUUUGGACCCUAACCACUUCAAGUCGCACUAUAACAGGGCCUAUUGCUUCGCUAAGCUUGGCUACUACGAUGAGGCGGUGGCAGACUACACAGCUGCGCUGAAGAUCGACAGCGACAACUCGAAUGUGUACCACAACCGCGGUGCAGCGCUGGCGAAGCUGGGAAAGUUGAGGGCGGCCGUCGAGGACUUUAACCGUGCUCUGAAGCGCGAUCCCAAGUUGGCCUUCUCGCUCAACGCCCGUGGCCUCGUGUACGAUCAGCUGCAGCAGUACGACAGGGCCGUGGCGGAUUUCACCGAGGCGAUCCGGCUCGACAAGCGCAAUCCUACCUGGCUGCACAAUCGUGGACACACCUACCGCAACAUGGGUGAGCUGGAGUUGGCGAUUGCGGACUACAGCGCCGCCAUCAAGAUGGCUCCCCAUGGUCACACAACAUACAGCAGCCGUGCCUAUGCCCUUCGAAAGCUGGGCCGGUAUGAGGCGGCUAUCGAAGACUACACGAAGGCGCUGAACGAGCAGCCAGGCGUGAGGACAAAGGUGCUCAACAGCCGCGCCUACUGCUUUGCACGCUUGAACCUCUUUGAAUAUGCGAUCCGAGACUACAGCGAGGUUCUUGCCACCGACCCGGUCGAUGCCCAUGCGUUGUACAACCGUGGCAUCAGCUUUGAAAUGUGUGGCAAGUACAGCGCCGCCAUCGAUGACUUCACGCGGGCUAUUCGCCGAGCUCCAGAAGCACCAUCCACAGCGAACGCGUACUACAGUCGCGGCACAUCACGGCUGCAGCUGCACCAAGUGCCACAGGCCGUCGGGGACCUCAAACAGGCUCUCAGAUUGGAUCUGAUGGCGUGCGGGCUGCAUGGUGAAGCCCUCCACUCGUUUCAGUCUGAGCAUCCGGCGUGGCGCCUCUUGCAAGACCUCGGCACACUCUAG